AUGACAAAUAAACACAAAAAUAAUAAAAUCAAAAAGACCAAAUUAAAAAAGUCAAUGGAAGCAUCCAGAACACCUUGCUUUCCGUCUUCUUCUUCACAAAUCAACCAUGGCUGAUGAAUGCUCCAUUGACCGGUCCGGUGAAGGUAUCUCCAACUUAGAAACCUCAUUUCACAUUAGUCAGUAGGUGAGUCAUGGGCGAUUUCAUCUCGGGCAUUUACAUCAUUUCACAAAUGCCAUGAAAUCACUUCAUAGGAAGACUUCUUCAACUCUUCUUAGACUACAUCUGAUUGAUAUUCCUCAGAUUGAGCUCAAUAAGGAGCUGAUACCACGGACUAAAGGUACUAGUUAGCUGAUUUGAGUCACAAAAAGAGAGAUUUUGGUAAUCAUGUCUAGCAAGAUAAAUCGUCUUGAGUACUUUAUUGAUCCUAAUGAUUGGUUCAAGUCAGACCCCCGUUGGAAAGGGGAUUCAAAUUAUCAUACAACAGUAACGAGCUUUUUGGAUGACACACAAUUGUCAUUGUUAGAGAAAGGAUUUUUUGAAAUUUGAUGAAAUUAGGUACCAUAUGUGGCAGAUUUUGAUUGGGAUGCUUCACAAUCCAUUUUUUUCAGAAGCAUCAUCCUUUCAUCUGUGACAUUGAAGCAUUUGAUAAUCUGUCGAGCUUGAACACUAAUUUUUGGGCGAUCAUCGAGAGUGGAUUGAAUAUGUCGAAAUGUGCCAAAAAUAUAUACGUUAAAGGAAAAGAUGUGUUGCCCGAAUGUUUAGUGUUUGGUUCUUGUGCUGUGGAUUCGAAGGAGUGGUUUUAUUAACUUACAACUUGUGGUCGACCUUUGAAUGACACGAAACAAAGCCAAUGCUAUUAACAAGAUUCCUCCUAUUCCGAUUCAUCAUUCGAUCACAAGAAAGUUAGCUGCACAAAUCGCGAACAAACAGCAGAAACAAGCAGUUGAGAUAACAAAACCACCAAUCUCAGUGGCACCAAUUAUAAAUGAAACAGAAGACUGCAUUAUUAUCGAUGCUGAAGAUUACAAGGCCACUGGUUAUUCUGAUGUGCCAAUGUUUGUGCAGCAUACUGAAGCAAUGAUGGAGGAAAUUGAUAGGAUGGAUGAGGAAAUUGAGAUGGAAGAUGCAGAAGAUUGGUCAGUUAUAGACAUAGACAGUUCUGAUAAAAAGAACGAACUUACUGUAGUGGAAUACAUUGAUGACAUCUAUGCUUACUGCAGUAAGGCUGAGAUCGCUGGCUACGUCCCUCCAAAUUAUAUGGAACAACAAUUUGAUAACAAUGAGAGGAUGAUAGGCAUCCUCAUUGACUGACUGAUUGAGGUUCACUACAAGUUUGAACUGAUGGAGGAGACCCUGUAUUUGACUAUGAAUCUCAUCGCUAGAUUCCUGGCAGUUCAGAAGUCAGUAAUUAGGAAAAAACUUCAGCUUGUUGGGAUAACAACUUUGUUUCUUGCCUACAAGUAUGAAGAGGUUUCUGUAUUUGUAGUGGAGGAUCUAAUUUCGAUCUCUGACAAGGCUUAUGCCAAAAAAGAAGUGCUUGAAAUGGAGAAGUUGAUGGUUAAUGCCUUACAGUUCAACAUGAUAGUACCUACAACUUAUGUGUUUAUGUGGCGGUUCCUUAAAGCCUCUCAGUCUGAUAGGAAGGUGGAGCUUGUGUCUUUCUUUUUGAUCGAGCUAUGUCUGGUUGAAUACGAAAUGCUUAGAUUCCCACCAUCAAUGCUUACUGCUGCAGCUGUCUUUACUACUCAAUGCACUCUUGGUGUGUCCAGGGAGUGGAACAAAACCUGCGAGAAGCAUAGCAGCUACGACAAGAAUUAGAUUUUGGAAUGCUCAAAAUUGAUGGUUUCUUUCCAUUGUAAGGCAACAGUUGGGAAGCUUACUGGCGUGCAUCGAAAGUACAUGUCUAAAUAUGGCAAUGCUGCAAGAUGUGAACCAUUUUCUUUUCUGUUAGAAGCCUAGUUCUAGGAUAAGAAGAACACAUGAGGGGGAAUGACAUGCUUUGCUAAUAGUUGUGUUGAAUGAAAUUGUUGAUGUGUGCACAACAUAUGUUGCCCUAGGCUCUGGGGAAGGGGGAAGGGUGUUUUUGAGUUUUUUUGCUACCGAGAGAAGCAUGUGUUUAUUUGUUUUUUCAUGUACAUUAUUUGACAUUGCUGGUGUUUUGUGAAAUAUCUUGCUCUUCAUA